ACGACAUUACCCAGGAGUCACAGCGAAGCAUUUCCGGUGUUGCUAAACCGUAAGCACAAGUCACUCGAAAGGGAUUAGCUAGCGUGCUAGCAACAGAAACACUUUCAGAUGUAGAAAUCGGAACCAAACGAGGAACUUUAAGCGUCACUGACACAUAGAGGCGGCGGAUAAAAGAGCUGAGAGGAAGAACAAAACAGCUGCUGCCAUGGCAAUCCUUUUUGCUGUGGUGGCUCGUGGAACCACCAUCCUGGCGAAGCAUGCCUGGUGCGGCGGCAACUUCCUGGAAGUCACCGAGCAGAUUCUGGCCAAAAUCCCUUCGGAGAACAACAAGCUGACCUACAGCCACGGCAGCUAUCUCUUUCAUUACAUCUGCCACGACAGAAUCAUCUACCUGUGCAUCACAGAUGAUGACUUUGAAAGAUCACGUGCAUUCGGCUUCCUCGGUGAAGUCAAGAAGCGCUUCCAGACUACAUACGGAUCCCGGGCGCAAACGGCUCUACCUUAUGCCAUGAACAGUGAAUUCUCCUCUACACUCGCAGCCCAGAUGAAACACCACUCAGACCCACGAGGGUCAGAUCGUGUGACUGAGACACAGAUGCAAGUCGAUGACCUAAAGGGUAUUAUGGUCCGCGACAUUGACUUGGUGGCUCAGAGAGGAGAGAAGCUGGAGUUGCUGAUCGACAAGACAGAAAAUCUGGUUGAUUCAUCGGUCACAUUUAAAACCACGAGUCGCAACCUUGCGCGGGCCAUGUGUAUGAAGAACCUCAAACUGACGGUCGUCGUCGUGCUGGCGUCUCUGGUGGUCCUUUACAUCAUCGUGUCUGCUUCCUGUGGAGGCCUCAGCUGGCCGUCGUGUGUCAAGAAAUAAGACGGGAUAGAAGAGGGAGACCGAGGAAGAGGGGAGGAGAAAGACCUGUUUAACUUCAAAAGCCAACGGACCAACGGAGAUGCAGCGCUCCUUUUCAACGCUCCCCUUCCUUUAACAUCGCCGGAAGACGCAUGCUUCGUCUCCUCCUCCUCCUCCUCUCAACGUUCGCGCCCUCACCUUAACAGUCUGCACAUUUAUUUGCCUUCAGGACCAGGAGUCCCAACUUUAUGCCCACAUUUAUAAGCAGCCGCCACGUGGCCUAAAUCCGAUGUGGGAGACUAAAAUCUUGUCCUAUUGUCCGUCUGGUACAUCCAUCCCAUCUCAUGCACUUGUCGGCCCGACGUAUCAGGUUGUGAUCCUGUCUCGCACCCGUCUGUGUAAAUACUCCCUUCAGACUGAUGAACCACAAAGAUAGCAAAGCGUAACCCGUUGUCGUCUCCGCUUUUGUUUUUGAUGCCAGAAACACCCGCAAGCAUCAGUAGCACCCGUCUUUUGCUUCAGACCCGUCAGAUAGGACUUCCGCUGUCCAACAGUUUGAGCUUCUGUUUAACAUGUAAAGUAAUUAAAGUGGACUGAACCGAUGCAGUAUGCGGAUUUUCUACAUUUGUUGAAUCACAUAGUGUAGUAGCAACUUCUAAAAUGUAUCUUGUAAAAUAGCAGACUUGGAUCAAAAGAAUAGAUAUUGCACAUCAGAUUAGUAUAACUGAUAGUCAAUGGCUGUUUUAAAGCAUUUGUGAUUAAUCAAAAGAUUUUACCUCCUGGCCGGGAACCCGAUUCAAAGCGUCCCUUGUACCUUCUCCUUCCAAUGGGAUGUUCAAUGUGCCCACCAUUUGUUGGCUAACACACUGCACUUUUGAUAAUGUACAUAGAUCUUUGUUUCCUGGCAUCGUAUGGCUUGUGGUCAUUGUUAUCUGAUUACUGUAAAUCCAGAUUUAAAUGAAUGAAAAAAUCUGAUUGCUUCGAGUGGAGGAUCGCAGCACAACGAACCCAAACUGGAUGUAUUGGCUCCAUUCUUUAAAGUUCUGCAUAGACGAGUGAGAACGGCACUUUGGUUUGUGCGGUGGUAAUCGUUUCAAUGGCCAAAAGAUUCAGAGAGAAGAUUAUUUACAAAACUACACACUGCAAGUGAUAUAUUGUCAUUUUAAUAAAAUGGUGCGACCUCGAAGAGAAACCUGAAAUGUAUUUAUUCACAAAUAACCUAAAAUUCCUUCAAAACAUGAAUAAACAUGUAAAUGUGAUGAAUCAA